GAACUGAUAAAAAGUGUCCGCAAAGGAGGGGAGAGGCGUUAAUAGGAACAGGAAGGAAGAUGCGUGCCAAAGCAAAGAAGGAUAUGGUGAAGAAAAUAAAGAAGGCUUCGUCUCAGUUACGUGUUUCUAGUAAAAAAAGUGAAGAUGCUGAUUUCUUGCCAUUAGAGGGCGGUCCUGGGCGGAAAUUGCCUGAUCAAGCACCAGUUGAUAAUAAUGCCAAGGUCUUAUAUAUUGGCCGGAUACCUCAUGGUUUUUAUGAGAAGGAAAUGGAAGGGUUCUUUAAGCAGUUUGGUACAAUCAAGAGACUAAGGAUUUCACGGAACAAGAAGACAGGAAAAUCGAAGCACUUUGGUUUCAUCGAAUUUGAGUCUCCAGAGGUGGCAAAAAUUGUGGCUGAGAGUAUGCAUAACUACCUAAUGUUUGAACACAUGUUACAAGUCGACCUUGUUCCUCCAGAGCGUGUUCAUCCGAAGUUAUGGAAUGGUGCUAAUAGUAUAUAUAAGCCAUUAAACUGGACGCAAAUUGAGCGAAAGCGCCAUAACAAGGAAAGAACAGUGGAAGAACAUAAAAAGUUGGUGGAAAGGAUUCUGAAACGAAACCAGAAGCGGAAAAAGAAGAUAGAGGCUGCUGGAAUUGAAUAUGAAUGCCCAGAAAUUGUGGGCAGCAUUCAGCCUGCUCCAAAGAAGAUCAAGUUUGAUGAUGAGGAGAGUGAAUAGACCUCUGUAGUACUAUAAAGAGAAAUGGAAAGGGAAGGGCUAUAUCUGUAACAGUGCUCUCAAAUUUCCAGUGUUAUGGAGGAAUAAUGCAUCAAGAAAGCCCAGGACAGUCGAGUUCAUAGAAUCAUCAAUCGGGAGUACAGAUAUUGUCAUACAUUUAUCUAAAUUUUGACAGUGGCAUUCUACUUGUAGACCAUGGAUGGAAAAUUGAUGCUUGGAAUUAACAU